CCAGAAUCCUUGGAGAAGGAGGGGCGCUUUCAGGCGUUCUUUGCGCAGUGUGGUGUGGAAUCUUUAGGCAACGUGGUGUGGUUCUUUGCAAGAAGGCGUGCUGCUUUGUGCUUGGCCCGCUGCGGCCUUGCGGACCUUUCGGGCCGAAAGUUUGAUUUCUUUUCACUGAUAACAGAGCUCGCGGCGGGCCGCUCAGGGCCCUAAUCCGGCCUCACCAUGUUGGUGCUAUUUGAAACGUCUGUCGGCUACGCCAUCUUUAAGGUUUUGAAUGAGAAGAAACUUCAAGAGGUUGAUAGUUUGUGGAAAGAAUUUGAAACUCCAGAGAAAGCAAAUAAAAUAGUAAAGCUAAAACAUUUUGAGAAAUUUCAGGAUACAGCAGAAGCAUUAGCAGCAUUUACAGCUCUGAUGGAGGGCAAAAUCAAUAAGCAGCUGAAGAAAGUUCUGAAGAAAAUAGUAAAAGAAGCUCAUGAACCCUUGGCUGUAGCUGAUGCUAAACUAGGAGGGGUCAUAAAGGAAAAGCUGAAUCUCAGUUGUAUCCAUAGUCCUGUUGUUAAUGAACUUAUGAGAGGAAUUCGUUCCCAGAUGGAUGGAUUAAUCCCUGGAGUAGAACCACGUGAAAUGGCAGCUAUGUGUCUUGGAUUGGCACACAGCUUGUCCCGAUAUAGAUUGAAAUUUAGUGCUGAUAAAGUGGAUACCAUGAUUGUUCAGGCAAUUUCCUUGUUAGAUGAUCUAGAUAAAGAACUAAACAACUACAUUAUGCGGUGUAGAGAAUGGUAUGGCUGGCAUUUUCCUGAAUUAGGAAAAAUUAUUUCAGAUAAUUUGACAUACUGCAAGUGUUUACAGAAAGUUGGCGACAGGAAGAAUUAUGCCUCAGCUAAACUUUCUGAAUUACUGCCAGAGGAAGUUGAAGCAGAAGUGAAAGCAGCUGCAGAGAUAUCAAUGGGAACAGAGGUUUCAGAAGAAGAUAUUUGCAAUAUUCUACAUCUCUGCACUCAGGUAAUUGAAAUCUCAGAGUAUAGAACCCAGCUCUAUGAAUAUCUACAAAAUCGAAUGAUGGCCAUUGCACCGAAUGUUACAGUCAUGGUUGGGGAAUUAGUGGGAGCACGGCUCAUUGCUCAUGCAGGUUCUCUUUUGAAUUUGGCCAAACACGCAGCUUCUACAGUUCAGAUUCUUGGAGCAGAAAAGGCACUCUUCAGAGCCCUCAAGUCUAGACGAGAUACUCCAAAGUAUGGACUCAUUUAUCAUGCUUCACUUGUAGGCCAAACAAGUCCCAAACACAAAGGAAAGAUUUCUCGAAUGCUGGCAGCCAAAACUGUUUUGGCUAUCCGGUAUGAUGCUUUUGGUGAAGAUUCCAGUUCUGCAAUGGGAAUUGAGAACAGAGCCAAAUUAGAGGCCAGGUUGAGGACCUUGGAAGAUAGAGGGAUAAGGAAAAUAAGUGGAACAGGAAAAGCAUUAGCAAAAACAGAAAAAUACGAACAUAAAAGUGAAGUGAAGACAUAUGAUCCUUCUGGUGACUCCACACUCCCAACCUGUUCUAAGAAACGCAAGAUAGAACAGGUAGAUAAAGAGGAUGAAAUUAUUGAAAAGAAGGCAAAAAAAGCCAAGGUUAAAAUUAAAGUUGAAGAAACCACAACAGUAGCAGCCGAAGAAGAGGAAGAAGAGGAAGAAGGAGUACUAGUGGUGGAAGAACAGGAGACAUCUGUGAAGAAGAAGAAGAAAAAGGACAAAAAGAAACACAUUAAGGAGGAACCACUUUCCGAGGAGGAACCGUGCACUAGCACAGCAAUUCCUAGUCCAGAGAAAAAGAAGAAAAAGAAAAAAAAGAGAGAUAAUGAGGACUAAUGGAAGGGAACCAUCUUUGAAUCACCUGGAUACAUCACACUUCAGUCAGGAAAUAUCAGAGAUGCUCUCCAAUUGAGAGAACAUUGGAUGAAACAAAGUGAUUGAUCAUCUAUAGCUUUCCAAACCUAUUUGUGUCUUGACACCAAUUCUGAUAAUUCGAUUAUGUUAUCAUUUCUUAGAGUCUUUGUUAUACAAAUAAAAAUAUUUUCUUUGUAUUUUGAGGCAGUUCUGUGAUCUCUGUAUUUUAGGUAGACAGCCUUGGCCCUUUAUUCUAUCUAGCAUUUGAUGGUUAUUGCUUUGAUAAUUAAAGCUGAGAAGUGAGA